CUCCGUUCGAGAAUCAGAUCAAGCAGAAGCCGCAGAAACGUUCAUUUUUAAGGGCCUGGAAAACAUUGAAGGGCCUGGAGGUUGCCUGUUAAGCACUGUGCAAUUGUGCUUGUACUGAAACCACUCAGGUAGCAACGCCCGACUCGCUUGGCUGUUCUGCUCUGAUUGUUUGCGCAGCCAAUUGCCACCAUGGGCGCUCCUGAGAAAGAGGAUGUGAAGAAGGACAAGAUGGAUGAGGACAAGCCGGUGUCUGACACCGUCAAAGAUGCUAAGAAGGACGCUCCUCAGAAGGAUAAAGACGCCAAGAAGAAGAAGGAUGAGAAGGAAGAGGAUCUGAGUGAAGAAGACGCAGCGCUUAAAGAGAACCUGGAGCUUAUGGUGGAAAGAGUGCAGGACAAGGAGGCGGGAGUGCAGAAACUUGCGCUGGAACAAUUGAGGACUGAGAUCAAAGACUCGACCAGUUCUAUGACGUCGGUGCCCAAGCCCCUCAAGUUCCUGCGACCUCAUUAUGACACGCUGAAGGCCUGCUAUGAGGCGCUCAAGCCGUCAGAAAACAAAACUAUGCUGGCGGACAUCCUCUCGGUCCUGGCGAUGACCAUGUCUCCUGAAGGCAGUCGGGAAUCUCUACACUAUCGCCUCAAGGGCUCCCUCGAGAACGUCGGCUCAUGGGGCCACGAGUACAUCCGGACGCUCGCGGGCGAGAUCGGAGAGGAGUACCAGGUUCGGACGGCUGAGGAAAAGAAGUCAGAGGACCUGAUGGCGCUCGUGCGCCAGAUCAUCCCCUUUCACGUGCAGCACAAUGCGGAACCGGAAGCGGUGGAUUUGUUGAUGGAGGUGGAGAGUUUGGAUCUGCUCAUGGAGCAUGUGGGGGAGAACAACUUCCGCAGGACCUGCCUCUACCUGCUCAGCUUUGCCAGCUACGUGCCGGAGCCCGACGACAGCCUGGUCCUGCGCACGGCGUUCAAGAUCUUCAAGAAGGUGAAGAAUUACGACGACGCCCUGCGCACCGCGCUGCGCCUUAACAGCAGCGAGCUUGUGGCGGAGGCCUUCUCCGCGUGCGAGGACCCCCUGGAGAAGAAGCAGCUCGCGUACAUCCUCGCCAGACAAGGUUUCGCUCUUGACUUGGAGAGUGACAUCAGCCUGGCGGGCGAUGACGAGCGCGACGCCCUGCAAGAGAUCAUCAGCAACUCCAAGCUGAGCGAGGGCUACCUUACUCUGGCACGUGACCUUGACGUCAUGGAAGCCAAGACCCCUGACGACAUCUACAAAGCGCACCUGAUCGACAGCCGUACACCGUCCAAUGCCAACGUGGAUUCCGCGCGGCAGAAUCUGGCGGCGACCUUCGUUAACGGGCUGGUUAACGCCGGAUUUGGGACGGACAAGCUGAUGACGGGGACUGGGGAGGAGGCGAGCAGCAGCGCUGCGGCCGGGGGCGGGAACUGGCUGUUCAAAAAUAAGGAGCACGGGAAGACGAGCGCGGCUGCCAGUGUGGGCCUGAUCCACCUGUGGGACGUGGACGGCGGCCUGCCCCAGAUCGACAAGUACCUGUACAGCACCGACAACUUCGUGCUUGCGGGGGGAUCUCUCGCGAUCGGAAUCGUGAGCAGCGGCGUGCGGCACGAGUCCGACCCCGCGUUCGCGCUGCUGUCCGAGUCGGUCAACAAGGACGACCCCGCGGUGCGCAUCGGGGCCAUCAUGGGGCUGGGCCUCGCGUACGCGGGCGUGCAAAAGGAGGAGGUUUUGGAGCUGCUGACUCCCGUGGUUCUGGACAGCUCCGUCGGAGUAGACGUCGCUGCGUUCGCUGCGCUCUCCCUGGGGCUGGUUUACGUGGGCACGUGCAACGAUGACGUGGCGAUGGCGAUCUUGCAAGCGCUGAUGGAGCGCGGGGAGACCGAACUCGCGGACCCGCUCGUACGCUACUUCCUGCUGGCGCUUGGGCUCCUUUUCCUGGGGCAGGGGGAAGCGGUGGACGCAACGGUAGAGGUGGUGAAGACGCUUCACGAGAAGGUGUCGAUGCACGCGCAGAUCAUACUGGACUCGUGCGCGUAUGCGGGCACUGGCAACGUUCUUAAGGUGCAGCGCCUGCUGUCCAUCUGCGGGGACCAUCUGGAGGAGGACAAGACGCCCGGGGGGGUGGCGCACCAGGGCGCGGCUGUGCUGGGCAUCGCGCUGGUCGCCAUGGCGGAGGAGCUAGGCCAGGACAUGGCCAUCCGCAGCCUGGAGCACCUGCUGCAGUACGGGGAGCCGGGCAUCCGGAGGGCCGUCCCGCUCGCGCUCGGCAUCCUGUCCAUCUCCAACCCUCGAAUGACCGUGAUGGACACGCUGAGCCGGCUGAGCCACGACGCGGACCAGGAGGUGGCCAUGGGGGCCAUCGUGGCGAUGGGGCUCAUCGGGGGGGGCACCAACAACGCGCGCAUCGCGGGCAUGCUGCGGAACCUGAGCAGCUACUACUACAAGGAGCCCAACCUGCUCUUCACCGUCAGGAUAGCCCAGGGGUUGGUCCACUUGGGGAAGGGUCUGCUGACGCUGAACCCGUUCCAUGCGGACCGGGGCCUGCUGCACCAAGUCGGGCUGGCGGGACUGCUCGCGUUCCUGCACAGCUGCAUGGAUUUCAAGAACAUCAUCCUCGCAAAGUACCACUACGCGCUCUACUUCGUCGUGCCCGCGCUGCAGCCUCGGAUGCUCUUGACCGUGGACGAAAACCUGAAGCCCCUCCCGGUGUCGGUUCGCGUCGGACAAGCGGUAGAUGUUGUGGGUCAAGCAGGCAGGCCGAAGACAAUCACCGGAUUCCAAACGCACACAACGCCAGUGCUUCUUGCGACCGGUGACCGUGCUGAGCUCGCUACGGAAAAGUACAUCCCGCUUACGUCAAUCCUAGAAGGGUUCGUUAUUUUGAAGCCGAAUCCGGACUACGUUGAGGAUCACUUAGACAAGUAGUUUCUGAGCAUGCGUGUCGAAAACAUCAGUCGGUGAGAGGAAUCUGCUGAGGAAGGCACAUUUCUGGCCCUACCUUGCGCCUGGUCAUCUUAGCGUGCAUGUGAUUUCGAGCACAUUUCCGCCAUAUGGCAACUCACAAAGUCAGG